AUGUUUGAGAGGCUUGCCAAGGAUGGGAGGGAGUUUGAAGAGAAAACCUUGGAACAUGUGCAUGAAUAUUCUGAUGCAGGUCUAAGGACUCUAAUUUUGGCAUAUCGUGAACUUGAUGAAAACCAAUACAAGGAGUUUGAUAAUAAUUUUUCUCAAGCGAAAAAUUCAGUUAGUGAAGAUCGGGAAACACUGAUUGAGGAAGUAUCAGAAAAGAUUGAGAGGAAUUUAAUCCUUCUUGGUGCCACUGCUGUAGAGGACAAGCUCCAAAACGGGGUUCCUGAUUGCAUUGACAAGCUUUCCCAAGCUGGAAUUAAGAUCUGGGUUUUGACUGGGGAUAAAAUGGAGACUGCCAUCAAUAUUGGUCCAGAAAUUCAAGCAUUGGAGAAGGCUGGAGACAAGGUGGCCAUUGUUAAGAGAGCUGAUGCAUGCAUUGUAUUGGUUUACAUAGGUGAUGAUUUAAAUUUAUAUUUCAUGGAUUCCUCCAUUCUAGUUGAAGGGAAGGGAUUGCUUGGUGUAGAAAAUAUCCGCCAUCAAAUAUCUGAAGCUGCUCAGCAGAUUACUGCCUCCAGAGGAACCUCUCAGCAAGCAUUUGCUCUAAUUAUUGAUGGAAAAUCACUUGCUUAUGCCCUAGAGGAUAUGAAGAAAAUGUUUUUAGACCUUGCAACUCGUUGUGCAUCUGUUAUCUGCUGUCGUUCCUCACCAAAGCAGAAGGCACUGGUCACUAGACUGGUAAAAUCAGCUACUGGUAAAACUACAUUAGCUAUUGGUGAUGGAGCUAAUGAUGUGGGAAUGCUUCAAGAAGCAGAUAUAAGGAUUGGAAUCAGUGGCGUUGAAGGAAUGCAGGCGGUUAUGUCUAGUGAUAUUGCAAUUGCACAGUUCUAUUAUUUGGAAAGGUUACUUCUUGUACAUGGACAUUGGUGUUACCGAAGAAUCUCAUCAAUGAUAUGCUACUUCUUCUACAAAAACAUCACAUUUGGCUUUACUCUAUUCUUAUAUGAGGUGUAUGCAUCAUUCUCUGGGAAACCUGCUGCAUACAAUGACUGGUUUUUGUCGGUCUAUAAUAUCUUCUUUUCUUCACUUCCCGUGAUUGCACUUGGGGUCUUUGACCAGGAUGUGUCUGCUCGGAUGCACAUUGCCAACGAAGGCGUGCAAAAUCUUCUCUUUAGCUGGCGUAGAAUUUUCAGCUGGAUGCUUAAUGGCUUUAUUAGUGCCAUAAUAAUCUUCUUUUUCUGCACAAAGGCAAUGGAGAUUCAAGCCUUUGAUGAGAAGGGAAGAACUGCUGGGAGGGAUAUACUCGGAGCAACAAUGUAUACUUGUGUGUUAUGGAAUUGCUUACUGGCUCCUCUCAAGCAGAAAGCGAUGUUGCUUGGCUCUUCCUCCUCGAAGGUCUGCCAUUUGGCUAAACAAGCUUUUGAUGAGGUAAUUGCAGAGUUGGACACCCUGAGUGAAGAGUCACACAAGGAGCACUUUGAUCAUGCAGCUUUUGAGAGACAACCUGGCACUCUGGACCUCUGA